ACCGUGGCAACCAAUCAGGCGUCACCACCCAACCCUCGCCCCCACGAGUGCGCAGCAAUUCUUUCUACUCGAGGGGGCGACAAAAAAAAUAAAAUCAAUAAUAAUAAUAAUAAUAACAAACAACAACAACAACAUGGAUGUGUGCAUCCGCCAGCUGCGUGUGUCCGACCCGUAGCGGAGCUGGGAAGCGCGCAAGCCCGGAGGAGCGCUGCUGUCUCGGGCCAGCGCCGCCGCCGCCGCCGCCGCCGCCGCUGACUUUUGGAGCCAACAUGGCCGAGGACGACAGCGAGUGGGUGGUGGAGAGCAUCGUGGGCUACCUGGGAAGUCCCGAGUGGGUCAUCCCCGUCACGGACUUCAUGGAGCACAAAUGCACAGUGUUUGACGACGAAGAUGAAAAUAAGUUAGCGUACACGGAAAUCCAUCAGCAGUAUAAAAAAUUGGUAGAGAAGCUAUUGGAAAAUUACAUGCAGGAGGUGGGCAUCAACGAGCAGCAGUUUUUGGACGCGUGCACCUCAUCUUUUGCCAAGUCCAAAACAGUGCAGUCUGUGCUCCAGCCAGUCCUGGCCACAGAUGACUUCCAGAUGUUUCGCUCCCUGAUGGUCCAGAAGAACAUGGAGCUGCAGCUUCAGGCCCUGCGGGUGAUCAAAGAGAGGAACGGAGCGCUUCCCGAUUGUCUGACCGACGGUGAGGACGUGAUGACGGACCUGCAGCAGCAAGAGAUGAAGAUCCUGCAGGAGGUCCUCAAGAAGUCGAAAGAGGAGUACGAGGAGGAAAUGUCGUGGCGGUUGCUGCUGGAGGAGGAGCGUGCGUGUUCUACGUCCGGCGGAAAAGCCCAAAAGAGCGCCUCUACUACUCCCGCACAAGAUGGCGCCUCUGCCGAGGCUCAGGCCCGAGCCGACAACAGCGGCACAGACGCUCACCGAGCGCAAACGAUGAAUGGAAAGAGCGCAGCCGCUCGGUCUAAUCAGGUCAAUGGCAAGACAUGCCAAAAUGCUGAGAGCAAGUUGGCUGUCACAGCAGUUGUGAAGCAUGUAGAAAAAAGCAGCUCCUCGUCUUCUACACGUACCCCUGGCGGCGUCAGUGCCGGCAUGGAGCCCAGAGUCCUCCCGCCCGUGAGAGCGCCCGUCAGCACGGAGCAGACGGCGGGAGAAUCCUGCCUGGAGGAAGCGCACAGGGAGGCUGGCUUCGCGCAGCCUUACACCGACCUGUCGGUGUCUCAGCAGGAGCGUCUCCAGCAGAGGGCGUCCUACCUACGCGAGCAGCGCGACAAGCUGCAAGCUCUCAAGAAGGACCGGACCGCCAAGCAGAACCCCUCGCCCGAGGAGGAGACACCAUGCUCCCCCUCCUCGCCCGCGCCUCCUCCGGCCUCCGUGAGUCCCAUUCAGCGCGACGACAUUGGCGCGGUCUUUGACGCUAGCUUUUUCUCCUCCCAGGAGAUUUCGACAGAGGAGCGCAAGAAGCUGCAGAAGAGAAAACACCUGGCCGACAAGCUGAAGGAGGAAGUCAUCAAGAAAUGAGCUCCUCCGUGCGCAACAUGAAUGCAGUCUUGUGGGUUGAUUUAUUAGAACCGGGAAAGCUCACCUUUGUUCCCCCGUUAGACGCGGUAGCCUCACAAAGAUCUUUCCGGAUGAGGGACGAGCCGCCUUGCAGCACAUCGGAGUAAACGGCAGAGCUGCGAUUUAGUCGCUCGGCCCUUCCAGAGCGCGUUUAGUGACAAUUGCAUUCGACGCAAAAAAGGGCACGGGGGUAGUGAUCGUCACGCGUGGAGCUUCAAAAUCCCCUUACACACUGGCAGUAUUACACCUCUGGGACAGGACAACAAGCUAGUAAAAAGCCAUUUUAGAUGGCAGUUUUUACCGGCUCGCUGUCCUGCACGGAAGGUACCGAUGCGGGAUAGCGGUGUUCAAAUUUGCCACCUGCUGAGGCUUGCGUUGCCCGCGUGAAAGGAGCUUUUUACCACCUAAUAUGCUUGCCGUCCUGUGUCUAUGGUACGAAUGCGGGAUGGAGGAGUUGAACUCAGCCCUCGUCUAAGGCCCGCUGCUGCACACUGAGCUACGUGGUCGAAAGCGACUGGACAACUGCGGAAAAAAAUCCGAUCGAGCCGCCAAUGUGCUACAACGGAAAAGCUGCGACCCGGCAUCGGCUUUUGAGGUUUCACAUACAGUAUUAUUAUUCAAAUUAUUAUUUUUUUUUUUAAUGAACCACAAAAACAUGGCGCAAUUAUCAAGUUAGUAAGUUUUUCAAUUGAAGUAACCUAUGGCUAAUUUUGUCCACUGGAGGUCGCACUGUUGCUACAUUUAAUUUCUGUGGAAAUGAUUACCUACUGUCCAAAUAUUAAGACACUGAAUAUUGCCAAAUGUCAGUCAAAAGCUUCAGUUCACAAGAGGUGGGUUUGGUGGAACUCUUUUGGGUUUUUGUUCAUGCACAGCCACAACUUGUACAUAUAUUUCUGCAUACAUUAACAAGGCACGUGGUUGAUUUCAACUCCCUCAUCCCGCAUUGGUACCUCCCACACAGGACAGCUGCGGCGGUAGCUUUCACACAGACAGCAAAGAGCCGCACAAUGCUGGCUUAAGACAGGCCUGUGUGAAAGCGGCUACUGACUGUUGUACAAAAAGCCGCAUGUUGGCCACCUCUUGCUCUAGACAACUUGGACCUAUGUUGAUGUUUGAAUCAUGUGAACUGCAUAUAAAGCUACUCUAGCAUAAGGCAACACUGCUCCUGCAUAACACACCAUUAGUAUGUCUAGUGUCCUGAUGUUAUACUGUUAUAAAAUAAGCCAGUGCUUGUACGUGUACCGUUUUGUGCAUAAUGGGGGCCGAUGGUGUCAGAAUGUACAGUAGUUCUAAGUAAUCAUAAUGCAUCGUUAAGUACGCAUGCAACACUCAAUGUACUCUUGAAUAAAUUACCUUUUGUAAAGUG